GGGGCGGCACAGGGGAGGGGUGGACGCCGCGGGGGCCGGAGCCGAGUAACGGGACCCGCGGCAGCAACUGCACAACCUUGUGCUGGUAUCCAGCGCUGCGCGGAGCCCAGAGCCGCAGGGGAGCCGGGCGGGACGCGAGCCAUGCCCUACCUGCUCAUCAGCACCCAGAUCCGCAUGGAGGUGGGCCCCACCAUGGUAGGCGAUGAGCACUCGGACCCGGAGCUGAUGCAGCAUCUGGGGGCCUCCAAGAGAAGCGUCCUGGGGAACAACUUCUGUGAAUACUAUGUCAACGACCCUCCUCGAAUAGUCUUGGACAAGCUGGAACGCAGGGGCUUCCGAGUGUUGAGCAUGACGGGGGUGGGCCAGACCCUGGUGUGGUGCCUGCAUAAGGAGUGACCUCCUCGCACUGAAUGCAGGUGGGGCUCCUCUUCUUUAGAAGCCGUGCUUCACGGACUGCCCACUCUCUCCCCCUAAAUUGUCAUCUUCAGCCAAGCACGGAUGGGCAGGGUUGGCAUUGCCCCAGUCAGGGUGUGGGGGGGCGGGGUUUACCCAGGUGUUACAUCUCCCUCAGCUGUAGGCCGCCCAUCGGGAGCGAACAGUCCAGUGGAGGACGGCCCAGGAUGGGCAGGCAGGUGCUGCAGGGCCUGUCCACGCCAAUAAAGGGCUCUGAUGAGUGGUUGUUCCUCUG